AUGAAGGCCACCCAAGACAUCGACAUUGAGCUUCUUCGAUCCCUCGUGGAGGUAGCCAUGAUGAAGGGCUUCCGCGGCGGGAAGCUCGAGGAGGCUAUCGCGGCGGUGGCGCAGUACGACCGCCAGCAGGCUGUCGUUGCGAUGAUGAGGAGCCUUCCCGAACGGCUGAUGUCCAAGGCGGCCGAGGUUGCUCGCGACGUCAGGAGGCGCUCCGACAUCCAGCUCAGCCAGAUCGCUGGGCUGGAGGAGGAGGUGCUUCUGCUGGCCUCGACCGUAAAGGGGCUGCAGCACUCGGCCGCGAUCGACGCCGCCCGCUUGGCGUCGGAGAGGACGGCUGCCAAGGCCGCCAGCGACGACGCUGCUGCGCUCGCUCAAACCCUCCGAGCCGACGUCAAGAGGCUGCAAGACACGGUCGUCAACCUAGAGACCGUUGCCGCUACUGACGCGGCGAAGUUCCUCACGACGGAGGUCGACCUUCGCGCCGAGCUCGUCGCCGCUGACGGCACGAUCGACUCCCUCAAGUCCACCGUGCGACAACAGCGCCAAGACCUUGCGUCGUGCCAGCACGACAUGGCAGAAGUGGACGAGGCGUCGUUCACCCUCUCCCUCUUGGCGGGAGAGAGCACGCACCUCCUCAGAGGGGGUCUCCAGCCGGCUACCCCCAGGCCUGCGGAGGCCACCACGUGGGCAGCGGCCGGCCUGUCGGCAGCUCACGAGGCGCGUCAACGCACGUGCGGGCAUGAGGAAGAAGAGCGGCAGCGUCAGGCCCUCGAAGAGGAGAUGGUGGACCUCCAGAACGAAGUGGACGAGGCGGAGACGGCUGCCGAUUCGUGUGCGGCCAGCCUGGAGAAACUCGACGAGCAGACUGUUGCCGUUCUGACCGCGGUCGAGAAGACCGUUGGCGCUCAGAGCACUCGCUUGGGGGAGAUCGGAGACGUGGCGCUGUCCUUCACCAGGCAGCUGCUGGACGACCUCUCCGGCUGCCGGCAACAGGUCGUAGAAGUGGAGGAGAGGGCGAUGGACCGCCUGGAGGAGACGAUGGCCUCUGAGGAAGAGUCUACAUACAUGCACAGCAGCGCUUCAUGUGUUCAAGCAUGCCUUGAGCGGUCGCAACAUCAUCGCCGGGAGAGAUCCAGCGGUGAGUUUGUACACAGAAGGGGGGCUCGCGAGACCCAAGCGGCGUUUCGGGCGUGCGCAGCGGGGCUCGAGCGACUGGAUUCCCAGUCGCUAGACCUCGCCCGCUUCUUGGCCGACAAGGCCAUGCAAGCGGGAGCACCGGUGUCCAUUGCGAAUGCAGUGGAGGCACCCAAGCCGCCGGGGUACGGCUUGCUGGACUCCUUAUUCCGCCCACGGGGUGUCAGCGAUGAUGCCAUGGUGAAGAUAGUCCCGUCGCGAGUCGGGUAAGCAUUCUUAUGCGUUGUUGGAUGCAAGGGGAGAGUGCAU